CCAAGCACCAGCUAGUCCCCCCACCGCAGCCUGAUGGACACCAAAACCCUCUAACGGUCUCCUCCACAGCCCCCGAAACACUCUUUUCAUGUGUUUGGGAUAGUCAGCGGACUGAAGUUUGCGCUGAAAGUUCCAGUAGAUGUGUAGUACUAUGUAAAAGUAGUUGUUCAGAGAUAGUGCCGAUAAAGAGGAAGGCUGUAGGGAGAGAAAGGAGGGACGCAGCUUUAACAGUUCCAGCGCGCAGCGGCGGUAUAAACAGCACCAUGAGCGUCCCGCUUUACGCACCGACUCCAAUCCAACCGGCUCACCCGACACCAUUCUACAUCGAGGACAUUCUGGGGAGGACUGCCACCUCCACCAUCAUCUCCUCGCCUUGUUCUUCUUCUUCUUCUUCUUCUUCUUCUUCCUCCUCCUGCUCCACUCCGAUCAUUCCCACACCGACUCUCCCGUCGCCCAACUCCUCCUUCACAACUCUCAUCUCGCCGUACAGGACGCAGAUUUAUGAACCCACACCGAUCCACCCGGCACUGUCUCACCACGCCGCUGCGGCGUUGAGCGCGACGUACGCCUCCGCCGGGGCUUUCGCCGGCUCCAUCUACCCGUUCCACCACCACCAGCACCACCGCUCCAUGGGGGAGUACGCACAGGCGCUGCUGAGGCACGACCCUCUAGGGAAACCUCUGCUGUGGGCCCCCUUCAUACAGCGGCCCUUACAUAAAAGAAAGGGCGGCCAGGUCCGGUUCUCUAACGACCAGACGAUCGAGCUGGAGAAGAAGUUCGAGACGCAGAAAUACCUCUCCCCUCCGGAGAGGAAGCGGCUGGCCAAGAUGCUGCAGCUCAGCGAGAGACAGGUUAAAACCUGGUUUCAAAAUCGACGAGCAAAAUGGCGAAGACUCAAACAGGAAAAUCCUCAGGGAGGUAAGAGGGAGGUGGAGGACGAGAGUCCCGCCGGGAGAAGUAAUAAAGGAGACGAGACGACCGAGCCUUCCGGGAUCCAGAACCCGGAGCAGAGACACACAGUCCCGGCCUCCGAUCUGGUGCAGGCGGGCCGCUGCGUGCGCCCCGUGUCCCCGCAUCAGGCGCACGCCGAGCUGGACUCUGACGUGUCCGAUGACACAGACCAGGAGCUGGACAUAGAGGAGGACGACGAUGACGACUACACACUGAACCCAUAGUUGGGACACUGACACUGGAUGCACUCGGAGCGGCUGUGGCUCAGGCGGUAGAGCGAUCGGAGGGUCUGGGGUUCGAUCCCUGGCCCUGCAGUUCCUUGCUGAAUCGUCCUUGGACACUGGACACUGAACCCCGAAUUUCUCCCGAUGGAGCGCCAUGCAUCGGUGUGUAAAUGUUUGUGAAUGUUAAUCUGAUCUCACACACGUCGUACGGCAGACUCGGCCACGGUGUGAUUGAAUGUGUGUGAUGGAUGGGAAUGCGUGCGGAUGGUAAACGGGGCCUGUAAUAUACAUAUAUAAUAUACAGGCCAUAGGCUACAUCUCCUCGGACAUUCGGAGCUGGAUGAUGAAGAUGAUGAAGAUCACUGCACUCCUCUGACACUUGAGCCUGUUCGUUCACCUUCACUGCAGUCUGUUUACGCCAGGUUGCCAUGACAGCUUGAUAGACCAGUUCCUGAUGUAAUAUUAAGGUAAAAAUCUGUCCCCAAAAACUACAACAUUUCACCAUCUCCCAGUGCCUUUCUCUGUCUCUAUCUCUAUUGGACACUUUUCGGUUUGUAUAUAAUGCAUAUAGCACUCUGCUGUAUUUGUGUUGAUUGUGUGUGUGUGUUAUUUGUGUUGAUUGUGUGUGUGUGUGUGUGUGUGUGUGUGUG